UUAAAAAUGUCACAGCACCGCAACGUUCCUUCGCCUCUCCGACGUAAACCAGCGAUGGCCGCUUCUUCAUCUACUCGUAUGCCCGAGAUCAGGGAGACGGAGGAAGGGCAUGCCGCACGCGCGAGUCCUCCGCCGACGCCGACCACGCUGGUGAUGGACAAGACCCUGUCGACGGCGGCGAACCUCGCGCAGCUCCUGCCGACCGGCACCGUGCUGACCUUCCAAGCCCUCGCCCCAUCCUUCACCCGCGGAGGCGCGUGCUACACCUCCAACAGGUGCCUCAUCUCCGUCCUCAUCGCCCUCAACGCCGUCUUCUGCGUCUUCUUCUCGAUCACCGACAGCCUCGUCGGCGCCGACAACAGGCUCUACUACGGCGUCGCCACGCUGCGGAGCCUCUACGUCUUCAACUACAACGGGGCGGACGAGGAGGUGCGGAGGCGGGUGUUGGGCGACCUGGAGGAGUACCGGCUGCGGCCGCUGGACUACGUGCAUGCCGUCUUCACCGUGCUGGUGUUCCUGACGAUAGCCUUCGGCGACGCCAUGGUUCAGCACUGCUUGUUCCCGGACGCGGGACCGAACGCGAGGGAGCUGCUCGUGAACCUGCCGCUCGGCGCAGGGGUGGUGUCGACGCUGGUGUUCAUCGUCUUCCCCACCUCUCGCAAGGGGAUCGGAUACACUAACACGGCACCCACUUCACAGUAGAUUUGCUACAUGUUGGUUUUUCCAUUAUGAUCGCGUAGGUGAAUCCUUGUUCUCGUAUGAUCGAUUAAACUGUAAUUGUAUGCACUUUUAUGUAUUAUAUAUGCAUAAAUAUAAUAAGAAAAACAGAUUAUUAUUUGUGA